AUGUAUCCACUCAAAGGCUUUGAAACAUCAUCAGAUUUAUCCAAACUCACCAAUGAUGAUGGUUAUCACCAAUCGGAGGAGUCUCUCUUUGCCUCCUUCAAAAGAAAAGAAUACCAAUUACAAAUGAAUCCCUUCUCAUCACCUUAUGGAACAUUGAACGAAGAUCAUGCAUUUUACUAUUCGGAUUUGUUGGAUAUUAUCAAUCAUGAACGUGAUUUGAGCAGGAGAAGACACAGAUUCAAAGUUAUUUUACACGGAAGUAAAACAAAGCAAACUCGUCCAUUGUUCCAACAUAAUGAGGCUCCCACAACUUGGACAAGUUCUUUGAGAAUGACAAUGAGAAGAUAUGCGAUGAUGGGCUUUGCACCAAGAGGAUUGGAUGAGAAUUUUCAAAUGAUGGUUGAGUUGGGAUUUGUCAAUCACUUGCUCAUGUUCAUGACUCAUUCCUACAGAUACUUGUAUGAAAAGAAGAAGUUUAAACAUUUGAAUUUACCAGUUGCUCCUGAGAAUGUGGAUUGUUUCAUGUAUGAAAAGAAGGAUUUCUUAGAUGAACAUGCACAUUAUCCUGUGUAUUCGGCUGAGCUUUUGAAUUUUAUUUUACUCACCUCAGAUGAAAAAACUUUCAAGGCUAUUAUUGAAAGAUAUUUCACAGAAGAACAGAAUGGACCAAAUAGCUCUAAAAUGAUUAAUGAUGGAAGACAUGUAGUUAUGAACGGUGUUGGUGUCUUGUACAAGGUUUUGAAAUAUGGUGUGGUCACUCAACGUGAUUUGGUCACAGGAAUUAUUAGAACAAUUAUUGACAGAUGUGCAACGUUAGGUCUUGAUAUUCCUAAUUUCAUCCUACUCAAUGAAACAUAUCCACUCAAUGAGGCAAUAUUACAAUUCAUCAAGGACUAUCAAAAUCCUGAAAAAAUGUGGAAUGAAUUUAAUGAGGAAGGAUUUUAUCAAAGUGAUAUUUUCCCUAGUAUGGAUGCCGAGUAUAAUGAGGAUGGCGCAAAUAAUGCUAGAAGAUGGUUAAUAUCUUCAUUGAAAAAAGCUUCCAAAACCAUGCUUACUCUUACAUUGACAGCAAAGAGAAAGGGAUUAAGAAAAAGAAUGUUCACACAAGCAAUGCUGUUUGAAUUGUUGGACUUGAUCGACAAUUUCCCACAUGUUGACAAUUUUAUGACUCUAUUUAGUUCUGUUAGAACCUUUUUGAUUAACUUGUUCUCACUCUUCCUCUAUGACGAGGAGAAGUUGGACCAAGACGGAAAUAUAGAACAGCCAUUCGAAGUUGAUUAUCAAUUAUUAGAAGAACUCACAACUUUCCCAAUUGAAAGAUUCUGUAAGAUGCUGACCAGAAUUGAUUUUGACCUAUUCUAUUCUAUUUCAAAUAUUAAGAAAUUAAUGACUGAGUGUGAAAAGAAUGAUAGAGGGCUUGAGGAUAGGUUAUCAACAGCUUUGCAAAAUAUUAUUGCAGAAGAGACGUCUUUGGUCUAUGUGUUAUCCUGGCUUUCACACAACCCAAUAUUGGCUUCCAAAAUAGCUAAUUUUGAAAAUGGUAUUCUUAUUGAUAUGUUGAUCAACUCAACAGUUAUUGAAAAACAAAAGAGUGACAAUACUAACAUGAGGGGAUACGAUUCAGAAAUCACUAAUCGAUCAAACGUAGUGUGUAUUGUUGAUGAUUAUGGAAAAGUGUUUCACAUCACCAUUCCAAGAUUCGCCUCAUCAUACAUAAUAUUGGGAAAUAUUCUUCAAGCAGUACCAGAGUUGAAUGGAAAAAUCAAUGACGAUGGACAAUUUUAUAUUAGGUAUUAUGUGUCAUUCAUUGGUUCUAAAAGAAGUAUUAAUGAUUUUGAUGUUCAAUUAAGGGAUUACAACCAAGCAAUUAUUGGAUACAAGAACACAUUUGUAAUUCUUAGUGAUAUCCUGGAAGAAAACUACCCAACCCCUGAAACAAUUAGAUCGGAAAGGGUGAUAAUAGCAAGUAAUAUUGCAGAGAUGGCUAUUCGAUUGAAUAACAAACACUUAGCAGAGAAAUAUGUUGUCUAUGCCCUCAAAUUAGAUCCAAAUCAUGAAAAGAGUAAGAAGAGAUUGGAAACAAUUAAAAAACUUUAA